AUGAUCUCAGGGUUUGUAGCAACCGUUUCCCUGGCAGGCUUUGCCGCCGCACAACAGGUCGGCACUCAGCAGACUGAGACCCAUCCAAAGCUCUCUUGGAGCAAAUGUACGAGCUCCUCAUGCUCCACGGUCAGCGGCGAGGUCGUCGUUGACGCCAACUGGCGCUGGCUGCACGACGUCAGCAGCACAACCAACUGUUAUGAUGGCAACGAGUGGACCUCCGUUUGCAGCACCGAGACUGACUGCACUACCAAGUGCGCGCUCGAAGGCGCAGACUACGCCGGAACUUAUGGUGCCACGACCAGUGGUAACGCCUUGACACUCAAGUUCAUCACGAAGAGCACUUACAGUACAAACAUCGGGUCUCGCAUGUAUCUGAUGGCUAGCACCGACAAGUACCAGCAGUUUACUCUGUCCGGCAACGAACUGGCAUUUGAUGUUGACUUGUCGGCCGUCGAUUGUGGGCUGAACGCCGCCCUCUACUUCGUCGCCAUGCCCGCCGAUGGUGGUAUGUCCACUCAAACUAACAACAAGGCCGGCGCCAAGUAUGGAACAGGAUACUGCGACGCCCAGUGUGCCCGUGACCUCAAGUUCGUCGGUGGCAAAGCCAACAUUGAAGGCUGGGUACCAUCGACCAACGAUGCCAAUGCUGGCGUUGGCCCUUACGGAGCGUGCUGCGCGGAGAUUGAUGUUUGGGAGUCCAACUCUCACUCCUUCGCCUUGACCCCUCACCCCUGCACCAACAACGCCUACCACGUUUGCCAGACCACAGGCUGUGGUGGUACAUACUCCGCGGAUCGGUUCGCUGGCGACUGCGACGCCAAUGGGUGCGACUACAAUCCCUACCGAAACGGCAACAAGAACUUCUACGGCAAGAGCAAGACCGUCGACACCAGCCAGAAGUUCACGGUCGUGACCUCGUUCGCCCAGAACAACCUGACCCAGUACUUUGUGCAGAACGGCAAGAAGAUCCUCAUCCCCCAGCCCACCUACGACGGCUUCCCGGACAGCAGCUCCAUCACGCCUGACUACUGCUCUGCCGAGUUCGACGUCUUUGACGACCGUGACCGCUUUUCCGAGGUCGGAGGCUUCACCAAGCUCAACUCGGCCCUGACCUCGAACCCCAUGGUCUUGGUCAUGUCUAUCUGGGAUGACCAUUAUGCUAACAUGCUGUGGCUCGACUCGUCCUACCCCGUCGCGGAAGCCGGCACUCUUGGCGCCGACCGAGGCGACUGUGCCACGACUUCCGGUGUCCCAUCCGACGUCGAGGCCAGCAUCCCCAAUGCGCAAGUCAUCUGGUCCAACAUCCGUUUUGGCCCCAUCGGAUCGACCGUGAAGCUCUAA